AUGUCACAGCCCUGGACAAGAGAGGUUGACAGAUACUGCCAUCAAUACCUACAGCUGGAAGCCAAGCUAGACAUCCCACGACGCGAGAUCCUCAGGCUUCCCGAGGUACAGGAUGCCAUCUUUGCCAAAAUAUUCGCCGACGGGGCCAUCCGUUACGAGCCACCGGUGCGCUUCAAGUUCAAGACGCUGAAAGACCUCGUCUCACAUAUCGAAGAGAGUAUAGAUGACUGGGAUCGACAUGAAGUAUCGGGCGAUAUCCUAGACGCCAUGGGAGUCCUUCUCUCAACACCCCUCCCACCAGAGAUUUUGUCGUCGCAAAAGAAGUUUUACGUUACGUAUCAUGUCUCUGGUAUGCCACCUGAUCAUAGCAGCAGCAGUAGCAGCGGCCGCAAGACCGGGAGCGAGAGCAGUAACUGGAAAGACGACCGAUACAUCACCCUCCUCGAGAACCGUAGUCUCAUCGCCGGAUCAGGCACAACCGGUCUACGCACGUGGGAGGCGGGUCUACACCUGGGCCAGUUUCUCUGCCAGAGUCCAGAAAUCAUCCGAGGCAAAGAAAUUCUCGAACUCGGUGCGGGCACGGGAUAUCUCUCGGUCCUAUGCGCCCGACACCUAGGCGCAGCGCGUGUCAUUGCCUCUGACGGGUCCGACGACGUUAUCAACAACCUCCCCGAGAACCUGUUCCUCAACGACCUGCAGGAUUCUAGACACCAGGUAAUACCCAUGGACGUUAAAUGGGGACACGCGCUCGUGGGGACUGAGGAGACGGACUGGAACGGCGGCAGACCCGUAGAUGUGGUUCUGGGCGCCGACGUGACGUACGAUGACAGGGUGGUGCCGGCGCUGGUUGCUACGCUGGGGGAACUCUUUGUGCUUUAUCCCGAUGUGAAUGUGUACAUUUCGGCGGCAGAGAGAAACGAGAAGACUUUCCAUGUGUUUCUGGAUUCUUGCCGAGAACAAGGGUUAAUGGUCGACAUAUUGGACUUUCCUGUUCCGCCGCCCGAGGAGCAGACGGGACCGUUUUAUAGCGUUGAUGUUGCUAUGAGUAUAUGCAGAGUAUCAAGGUAG